CGGUGCCGGGCCUCUCAUUGUACAGCGAAACUUCGCCGCACGCGGACGCACUCUCUGUCCGCAACACUUGUCCUCGUAAAAAGAAAAACGACGGAUAUCCGCGAACCGCACACCACAAAACAUUAAGCAAUAAAUCCGCCUAUGAUCGGUCUCUCGUGUGGCGUGAAGCGUUACGCAGAUUGUAAUAACGUUUUGUGAAAAAUCGCCGUUCUCCCAUCGCCGACCGUUCCCUUACCGUAACCGUACCGGGAGGAGCCGUACCGAAAAUACGCGCGAAAGCGAGACAGGCGACAAAUUUGUUCAUUAGUUGAAAGAAGAAAGUUAGCAGGCCGUGGCACAAGGUGCAAGUGCGAGUGUCGCUGAAAGGCCACGAUCAUUGUGCGAUCUGUUUUUAGCGCCGUCGGACGGCAGCGAGCGGAUUUGAACAACGGCACAGCACGAACAGCUCACAGUUGUUCAACAUCUCGGCAGAGCAAGACCCUUUGGACGGUUGACUGUUGGACGAUCGACGCACGCACGGUAUUGAACGGACACACGGAUAGGUGAUGGAUAAUUACAAGAAGAAAACACCCGGCCGGGUGCAGCAUCUGGAGUAUACCCAAAUACGUCCUCAGCUCACCGGAGGCAGCAAGUCCGAGCUUACGGGAUACAUCUUCGGUCGCAUGAAGUCCGAGCUGAACGAUGUACCGGCACAGACGGCCGCCGGCUCCACCCUGCCCUUGGUGGACAUGAUCAAGGAUGACGAGGAGGCGGGAACGUACAAUCCGUUCGAGAACCGGAAGCUGACUCACCCGACAACGGACAUGGAAACGCUCGUUCAUCUGCUGAAGGGUUCGCUCGGUUCGGGCAUUCUCGCGAUGCCUUUAGCCUUCGUAAACGCUGGACUGUGGUUCGGAUUGGUCGCUACCGUCGCCAUUGGAGCGAUCUGUACCUACUGCAUACACAUUCUGGUGCGCUGCUCACACAUCCUGUGCCGUCGUGCUCAGCUUCCAUCGCUUGGAUUUGCGGAUGUGGCAGAGGUUGCGUUCCUGGCAGGACCCGAGCAGCUGAAGAAGUACUCACGAUUGGCCCGGUUCAUCAUCAACCUGUUCCUGGUGAUCGAUCUCGUCGGGUGCUGCUGUAUCUACAUCGUGUUCGUGGCGACCAAUCUGAAGCAGGUGGUGGAUCAUUAUACCCACUCGUACUGGGAUGUGCGCAUCUACAUCCUGAUGCUGUUGGCUCCAUUGAUUUUGAUCAACCUGAUCCGUAAGCUGAAGUAUCUGACGCCCUUCUCGUUCAUCGCCAACGUGCUGAUCGGUGCCGGUGUUGGCAUCACGCUGUAUUACAUCGUCACCGACCUGCCAGCACUGUCGGAACGGAAGGCUAUUGCUGAAGUUCAGCAUUUGCCCAUGUUCUUCGGUACCGUCAUCUUCGCGCUGGAAGGUAUCGGUGUAGUGAUGUCGCUGGAAAACAAUAUGAAGAACCCGCAGAACUUUAUCGGCUGUCCGGGCGUGCUGAACACUGGCAUGUCGGUUGUGGUGAUGCUGUACGCUACAGUAGGUUUUCUGGGAUAUUUGAAGUACGGCGAUGAAACUAAGGGCAGCAUCACGUUGAAUCUCCCCGUAGAGGAAGUGCCGGCUCAGAUGGUAAAGUUAAUGAUUGCGAUAGCCAUAUUCCUUACCUACUCGCUGCAGUUCUACGUACCCAUGGAAAUCAUCUGGAAAAACAUCAAGGGAAACUUCAACGAGCACCAGAAUGCUGCUGAGUACACACUUCGCAUUGGUCUUGUGAUUCUUACAGUUAUAAUUGCUGCCGCACUGCCAAACUUGGGCCCGUUCAUCACGCUCAUCGGGGCGGUGUGCCUUAGCACGCUGGGAUUGAUGUUCCCGGCCGUCAUUGAGCUGGUAACGUUCUACGAAAAACCCGGAUUUGGCCGCUUCAACUGGAUCCUGUGGAAGAACGUGUUUCUCAUUCUGUUUGGUGUGGUCGGUUUCGUCACCGGCACCUACGUCAGUAUUAUCGAGUUCUCGGAGCAUCUGGAGGAAGUAUAAGGUGACCGGCAGCUGCCAGCACCUUUAGUCCCUUCGUCGAACUCCUCAGGCGUGGCGGGAUAUUGCAGUGCAGUGCAACACACGUGCUCUCUCGGCUCGAUGCCACCAACUACUGCAUACACUACAGGGUGGGGCAUGGCGAGUUUGGAGAGGGAUGGUGAGGCGCUGCCUGCAGACGUCUUGAGCCCGAGUUUCCGCACUGAAAGUGCACCAUCGGCGUGUGAUCGCGAUGCAUUAGAAGCCGUCGAUCCGUGGCAGCAUGGGUGGCAGCCGAACUGCCGACCGCUCUCUGGUGUGCUUUACCGUCUUCAUCAAUUGUAGGAUCUCGUUGAAUCAAUGACGUCGUCGUUUAAUCACGCUAGUAGGUCCUGUGCUGCGUACGCGUGCGUUGCCUUGUGUUAAGAGUUGAUUUUUCUAUGUGUUUAAUAUGAUCGUCCCUGCAUCUUAUCAAGUUCCUUGCAAUUGUCCAGUUUAGUGUCCUUGCCUACACAUCCUACACGCAUCCCUACAACAUCUAUCCCAAGUGUCCCCUUUGUUGAGUGUGUAAACUCGGUCCGAAUCUGAUUCGGGAUCCAUGUCUGCGAUAGAAUGAAGUAGGGGAAUUAGUCAAGGUGAUGUUACGUUGCUGGGUGCGACACGUGCUGAGUCGAAUAAAAACAUGCCCCAAUCGUAGGUUCAAUUGUUAGGCCAAUUAGCAAAAACACCAUAAAAUUACCCGUAGCCACGUCAUACGUGGGAAGAAAUUAUUCGUUCAAGCUAGCCAUAUACUAUGGGCAGACAUUGUUUAUGUAGAAUUCCUUCAUUAGAGCUGUUUUUAUGAUAAUGUACACACAAACACACAGAACGAAGAAGAGUCAUACUUGUGGCAGGUGAAUCUUCAGCUUUCCAGUGUAAUGUGGCUAGUGUUACACGCACAGGAACUUGUGAUGUUGAAUUAUCGAUUAGACUGUAAGCAAAUGCAUUCCGGCUCAGUUCUGAACUGGUCGGAAGCGAAUAUUUAUCUACUGUUUUAAUCCUACACACCCUAAGGGCGUAUCGCGCGUGAGGGAAUGUUCCUAGUGGACUAGAUGCUCGAAAUGAUCGGAUUGCCAUUAUAAUCCUAGUGCAGUAGCAUGCUACCAAUAACUACCGAUGCUGUUACAGAUGCAGCUCAUUGAAUGGAAUGCUUAAAGUCCAUCUUUUGUUUUAACUUUAACUUCUUCAUCCACCUGACAAAAUAUUUGAAAGAUUGUUGAGAGAGAAAAUUUUACAAUUCUCCUGUUUGUCAUACCCAUGUUCUAUCUUUCCAAAUGUCUGCACAAAACUGUCUUCCAUUGAAAAUGGUAUCACGUGUAUCAAAAAGAAUAUAUCAUCAGCCGAACAACCAUACCACCACUUAAGACAUACCUGGCCGUUCAUCAGCAGGUCGUAUACAUAGUAGAGUGCGUUGAAGCGGUAGUUUUUGCACAUGACUACGUAGCGUAAUAUAAAGUAAAUAAUAUAGCUCUAGACGUAUUAGUAGAUCGUUGUAAGUACCCCGGGCCUCGUGCUUCGUUUAUAUUUUCAGAAUAAUUAUCUCAAUAAAUACAUUUAUCAAC